CUGAGACAGAGCGCAUGCGCGUAUUUAAAUAGGAAGUGUUCUGUAGUGUUUGGGUAGAAUGUCUCAGAAAAAGGGAAGAUAACUGCAGGUUAAACUGCAUCCAGUUCCAGCUCCAGCCAUGGUGUGCUGCCAGUCCUGUCCCAGGCUCUGCUCCCGCUCUUCAGCCUACACUUUGGUGCUUGGCCUGGGCUUUAUCACAUUAGGGACCAGUCGCAUUCUGCUGCUCAAAUUCUCCGUCAAUGCCGAAAACAAGUAUGACUUCCUCCCUGCAUCCGUCAAUCUGCUUGCUGAGGCGCUCAAACUGCUCUUCUGUCUGGUUAUGUCAGUCAGGGUCAUAGUCAGAGAGGGGCGAUCCUGCAGAGAUUUGGGAUGCAUCUCCAGCUCCUCCUUCCUCAUGUCCCUAAAGUGGGCCGUCCCUGCAUUCCUCUACUUUCUGGACAACCUCAUCAUCUUCUAUGUGAUGACCUACCUGCAGCCUGCCAUGGCCGUGUUGUUCUCCAACUUUGUCAUCCUGACCACAGCAGUACUCUUUCGAAUUGUUCUGAAGAGACGCCUGUCUUGGGUUCAGUGGGCAGCGUUGCUUAUCCUCUUCCUGGCCAUUGUUUCGUUGACAACAGGAUCGGGAAGCAGCCAGAACUCCAUCGCGGUGCCAAGCCUUCACUCAAAUCCCCUCUCCACCCCCUCCAACUCCUGCCUCCUCUACAAACAGCUCCUAGAGCAGAUGAAAAACAGCAGUCCCAAGGUGUCGCCAGGCCGGAUUGGAUGUGUAAGACCUCCCAAAUGAGUUAGUGUUGGAAAAGUUGGAAUAAAGUCCAACAGCAUCGUCAUCAGAUGACUUAACCCCCUGAUUGAACAUCAGAAAUCAGCACCUGAAUUUCUCUGCUGACAGUCUGGAGAAGUCUCCACUGAAGUCUCCAGAAGUUGCACAUCUGGGGGCAACUGUUGCUGCUUUUAGGAAGUCAAUAAAACUGGCAGUAAUUAUCACUUUGGUAACCAAGAAAGGGAUUUUGGAUAAAUUUUGUAUAAAAUCCCAGAUUAUGCUAAAUUUUAUCAGCAAAUCGACAAAACUCCACCUGCAGAAGCAGAUUUUCUGGGCACUGAAUGUUUCUUGAAACUUCCAGAUGAAGCUCUCUCAAGCCUCCUACCAGCGCUUGUCUGUGAGGCUUCUGCAGCUGGUGACGUGGCAGCCUUGUUGGGACAUGGAGGCCAUCCACCAGCCAUCCAGACCCCAUCCAUCUGUAGGAUCCAGUGUAGCACAGCAUUCAUCAGUGAAUAAACCUUCAUGUCUUCAUGUAUUUCUGAGCCACUUCACUCUUUUUGAGCUUUGGUUAAGGGUUAAAUAAAGCUUAAUGCACAGCUGCAUAGAGGAUCCUGCACUGAAGUUCACCUGCAGCUUCAAAUACCAGCUUGCUGCUCAUCAGUGGCUUUUAAACAGCUGCUCUCCUAAUACGAUGCAUUUUCCUGAUUGAGACUCUCCUUGAUCUACCUUUAUGUGAACCAAUCGGUUUGCUCUCUGAAUCUCACACACACACACAUUUUGUAUACAAUAUGAUGAUUUUGCUUUAGUUUUUCUGUAAUGUCCCUUGUUUUCCUUCCUGUCACAAAGCUGUUUCAUGCUUUUAGUUUGCAGAAAGAUCCUUCUUCACCAGACUGAAUGGAAACUGGGACUUGCUUAAUAAUGUGGAACAACGCCCUUAGUUUUCUGUUAAUUAAGCUCACCUGGGGAACUGUCAAACCUGUCGGAGAUUAUCUGUGAUCUAAACAGGAGAAACGACACAGCCGAAAUCUUCCACAGAAAAACUAAAAACCCAAAUGUUUAACUGAUAUCCUAUAAGCAGAAUCAGUUGGAGCACAGUGUAAUUUAGCAAGCGAAUGAUAAAUAAUAAUAAUACCCUAAUAAGAACCACACUUCACAUGGGCUUGUAGGUUCAUGA